AUGGCAGACAAGAAGUACAGCCCUUCUGGGGACACACCCUCAAAUAAUACGAGCUAUUACCCGGAUACUUCGCAUGAUUUGUCGCAAACUUAUGCGCCAACGCCAGCCAUCAGCCAACCCCCAUCUUCAACCUUCAGGGCGCAACCUGAAGCCGGUGCUUUUAUGUCUCUGAACAGGAACCAACCGUUCUCAACGAUUUCAGAUCCUCGAGUGUACCAAGGCAAUGUCACGUCGUCUCGUCCGCCGCAAUCUCCGCGCAGCCUUCAUCAAAACAUUCCACGCCCCUCUAACCAACUAUCAACGAAUGAAGGUCGAUCUGGAAUGAUGAGCCAAACUUCGGAGCCAUAUGCUGCCAGUCUCUCCCAUCCGACUCAGGUCGCAUCAGACACGAGCAUGAGUACUACACCCAAUCGAAGCUUACCAGCCACACUCCAGCGACCAACUGCGCCUCGCCCAAGAGAACUCCUCGAGCAUGAGAUUCGUCACAUCAUCUUGUUCUAUCAACAAGUCUAUCCCUCUGCAGGUGUCCCAAGCACUUUGGUCGCCAAGAGAUGGUGGUAUGCCAAGAAGGAUGAUCUGACGUUCUAUAAGCAAUUCAACGAUUUCCGGAAGGAAAAUGAGACACCCGAAGAAAAAUCCAAGAGAGUGCAAGCAAACAAAGAGGACAGUGAUGCGGAUGACCAGUACCGUUUAGACACCAGGGUCUAUCAAUCUAAAAUGCAAAAAGCAGGUCGAGUGGAUCCAGUAAAGAAAGCUGCAAAGCAAGCACAACUGGAGCAGUGGGGUGAGACCGAGGAAGAACGACGUGAGGGCUGGAGAUUGGCGAAAUUACAGGGUGGAGCUCCUGAGCAGGUUCGACGCAUUCAGCCUUCAUCUAGAAAGAGAAAGCGUGGCGAUGAUGGCAAUUCUAAUGAUGAAGAAGCCUAA